GAAGGAGAGAAAACAUAAACCAUGCCUCUCCUACCAACCUUCUCACGGACCGUAGGGUUAGCUCUCCGACCAAACUAUCACUCGCCUAUUCAGGUAGUCUCUGUGGUUCGGUUACAGCAGUGUCGCUUUGCCUCUAUCCUUGGAGAUUUGCACGAUGUGAAGGCUUCCUUCAAGAAACGGAUUCGCAGGGGCCGCGGCCCCUCGUCGGGGAAGGGGAAAACAUCAGGGAGGGGUCACAAGGGUCAGAAGCAGCAUGGAAAAGUCCCCGCUGGAUUCCAAGGGGGCCAAACACCAUUACAUAUUACACACCCCGAGAAGGGUGAAGUCAAUCUGUGUGCCCCAUUUCAUCUCAUCUAUGGGGCAGUAUUAAGCUGAUUGAUGGAUCAACAGCUUCGCCCUAGAAAUGUCUCCACUGAAUCUCGACAGGUUACAAAGCUGGAUUGACCAAGGCCGAAUAGACCCCGCCAAGCCCAUCACCUUCAAGGAGCUUGUGGAUACUAGAUGCCUACAUGGUAUCAAAGACGGCGUAAAGCUGCUAGCCCGGGUACGUCAUAUAAACUCUCCCCAGAUGCCCAGCUCCCGGCGCUCAUGCUGAUAUCUCAACAGAGAAAACACGUCUUCAAAACCCCCAUAGAAAUCACCGUCUCCCGUGCUUCCCGCGAAGCCAUAAAAGCUGUCGAAGGUGCUGGCGGCAAGAUCGUGACGCGCUUCUUCAACAAGAAUGGCAUCAGAGCCGUCUUGCAUCCGGAGUGCUACCCACCGAACGUACGACUGGCCAACCCGACAGCACGUAAAGAAAUUGAGUACUACAGAGACCCGGAGCAUAGGGGGUAUCUGGCGCAUACCCUAGAUGAAGGGGAAUCACCGAGUUUGUUCUGGCAGGCACCCGGGAAGACGAAGAAUGCGCUCUCCAAGGAGCAGCUACAGAAGAAGAAGGAGAAGCAGGCUAAUAGGCUGUUUUAG